GGGAUCUGUGAGAACUUCAGUUCACAGGGUGAGAAAAGUCAUUUAGACGAUUUUAGAAAAGAAAGUCUUUGUAGCUGUCCGCUGUGACGUCAGAGAGGAAAUGCAGAAAUCACACCAAUCAUCAAUAAUCAUUCAGAGUCAUGGUUCCACAGCUCGGCGGUUCUUCCUCAGCAGUCCGGUUCUCCUCCUCCUCAGUCGGGGUUCUUUCCACCUGCGGAGGACGUCAUGCUGCCAACAGGAAGCUUCAACAACAAAGUGGCAUUCAUCACAGGAGGGGGGACGGGACUGGGCCGGGCCAUGACUACCACCCUGUCACAGCUGGGAGCUCGGUGUGUCAUCGCCAGCAGGAAGUUGGACGUCCUGCAGCAGACUGCAGAGCAGAUCAGCAGCCAGACUGGAAACAAGGUCCACGUAGUUCAGUGUGAUGUCAGAGAUCCUCAAGCCGUCUCUCGUUGUGUCGACCAGAUGGAAACUCUGACAGGACUUCCAGAUGUGAUCAUCAACAACGCAGCGGGAAACUUUGUGUGUCCGUCAGAACAUCUGUCGCCAAACGGCUGGAAGAGCAUCACAGAAAUCGUCCUGAACGGGACGGCCUUCAUCACACUGGAGCUGGGAAAGCGACUGAUCCAGAGUCAGAAAGGCGCCUCCUUCCUGGCCAUCACCACCAUCUACGCUGAGUCUGGCUCUGGUUUCGUGGUCCCGAGUGCGUCGGCGAAGGCGGGAGUCGAGGCGCUGUACAAGUCUCUGGCGGCGGAGUGGGGCCGCUACGGUCACAGAUUCAACAUAAUCCAGCCAGGACCAAUCAGAACCAAGGGGGCAUUCAGCCGUCUGGACCCGACUGGAGCCUUUGAGAAGGCGAUGAUCAACCGGAUCCCAACAGGUCGACUUGGAAAACCAGAAGAGAUCGCAAACCUAGCGGCGUAUAUGAGCAGCGACUACGCUACCUGGAUGUCUGGAGCUGUGGUUCGGUUCGAUGGAGGAGAAUACGUGUCGAUGGCUGGCGAGUUUAACGAGCUGCGCAGGGUGACUCCAGAUCAGUGGAAGAUAAUGGAGGCGAUGAUCAGAAACACUAAAGGAUCCUAAGAACACUCCAAAAAUCCUCAGUGGACCAGUGAAAACCAAUCAGAUCACAGCGUGCAGGUGGACCCGCCGACCUGCUGACGUCAUGAUGAAUCUGACAGGUGUCUGCUGAGAGUUUGGAUAUUUUCCUGAAUGAUUGAUCUGGGAUGAUUGACACAGCUUCGUUAACAGGCGGCAGGAUGUCUGCUCUGUUCUUUUUCUGGUGUUUUUGUAAGUUUUGUAAAAACCAGCUUCAGGUGCAGUUGCCCCUCUUCUGGAAUGGAGGAGGACCAGCCCUGAUGUACAUGAAGCUCAGAAGUAAUCAGAUUUGUGACCAACAGAAACACAGAUGUGUGAGUGUAAAUGUCUUCAAUCCAGAUUUGAAACGAUGACGUAAUAAAAAACAACCUUUGACUGAAA